GACGGUUCGUGCCCACCGUCUUUCUUUUAUCGUCACCAAUGCUUUCUGGAACUAAUUAAGGGCUCCAUUCUCCAAGCGUCUGGACUCGAUCCAUUCUAUUUUCUAUUUCAGCUUUGAAGCCCUUUGGACUUCUUUGAGGCAAUUUUUAGAAAGAUCGUACCUCUUAGCCUUCGACCAUCUCUACACUACGCACGCUACGUUCCGCUACGCUACACAUCAAAUCAUCAAAUUGUACCCGAUCGUCUUGGCCCAAGGGUCUAUUCUUCUUCACGGGCCCGUCGGUUGAUCAAACGCUUUGUUUUUUCAUUUAUUUUUUCGAUUUCCCGUUUCCUCCAUUGUCUUCUUGGGAUUUUAUUUCUCUUUUUCUCCAUUUCUUCUUCUUCUCUCGCCCCUUCCUUCUCCCGUCCUUCUGUGCUACAGAGUUAUUGGAGUUUCCGUUGCGCCUUUUACCCUUCCCUGUUCACACCACUCAUGGAGGCAUUGCUGGCGCAUUCGUUUGACUAUCUCUCUUCAUACGAGCCAAGCAAGGUCCGGAAGGGUCUGCGACAGGUGGAAGGGCUCCUCGCACAGAUCUGUUUGUCCAAGUCGAAACGACCGGCGUCGGACAAGCGGCGGUCCCUCCUGUCCUUUGGAGCUCCGCAACCCGUGCCCAAGUCCCUGUCCGAACUCAAAGAUGAUCCGGCUUUCAGGGAAUUCUUUAAGCUUCAGGAAGGCUUUCAAUGGAAUGUCGCAAUGCGCCUGGUAACAUGUCUCGAGCAUCUACUUGGGCGGGGCAGCAAUGGUACCAACGACGCUCUUAUUGUUACCACCCUUGACCUCAUACAAGGCGUGCUUCUACUCCACCCGCCCUCGCGCACGUUAUUCGCGCGCGAGAUAUACAUGAAUUUACUCCUCGACUUGCUCGACCCCAUCAAUUGCCCAGCCAUCCAAUCAGCGACUCUUCUCACCUUGGUCACAGCUCUUCUGGAUCACCCAGCCAACACACGCACCUUUGAGGAACUCGACGGUCUACUCACCGUGACCUCCCUAUUCAAACAGCGGGCCACUUCGCGCGAAGUCAAGCUGAAGCUUGUGGAAUUCCUCUACUUCUACCUGAUGCCAGAAACUCCGAUGAUUCCGACAAGCCAUUCUGCGCCCAACACGGCCGUCAUGGGUCAUCAGCGCAGCCCCAGCAAGCUUGGCGCAGCGCAAGUGUCCAGGAGUGUCAAUGUUCCGGGGGCGUACGGCGGCGGCAAAGCACAUCGGGAUACGCGCACCACCGACGAGAAGCAAGCGUUACUAGGGAGACAUCUGAACAAUGUCGAGGAUCUGGUGGAGGAUCUCAAAGAAACCGCCCCCUUCGGCGCCACCGUCUACUAAACAUCAUUUUCGAGCGACAAUGGGUUUCUGCGUUCUUGUGUUCUGUUUUCAGCGACGGAGCUUGCAUGGAUUUUUACGGUAUCAUGGCUGGGUUUUGCUUAAUCGGCUUAUUGGGGUUUUUUCCUUCGACGGUCAUGUCUUUUUCGCGACUUGGUCCAUUUUCCUAUCUUCUUCUCUCCUUGGCUAUCAGGGCCAUUUAUGCCAUUUCCCUGUUCUUUUUUUUUCCGUCUGGCACGGUCUUUGGAUUUUCGAACACCAUUCCUCUUCUUUUAUUAUUCCCUGGUCAUGUCUCUCCUAUGUUUUAUGGCUUUUUAGCAUGUGCUUACGAUGAUGUCUUUCAUGUGCCAUGUUUGCGAUCGGCGCUCGAUCUCCCAGCGUCCCCAGCUUCGAAUGAACGAAACCUGAAACAACAAAUAGUUCAGUGUUGGUGGAGAAACUCAUGUCCAGUUUAGUGUGAAUCUGAUCUGACGGGCGCAUGGCUGGCCCCGUGUUCUUCCUCG